AUGAAAAAUAAAUUAAAGCCUGAAGUCCCCAGUGCAAAUAAGGCAGGAUACAUUGAUGCCAAUGCAGAACAGGAAUUAAGGGUCGCUUAUUUUCCUGGCAUACCUGAAAUCUUUUGUACCACUGUAGAAGUUCAGGUUUCUCACUUUGAACCUGACAGCAUCACUGUGAAGGGAGAGGGCAUCUUCCCAAGAAUCUAUCUGGAUCUACCCAGAAAUAUAAAAGGAAAUGAAAAGUAUGAGGCAUUCCUGAAAGAAGCGAAGGAAACCAUCAUGAGAGAAACUCCUGCAUCCAGCCUGCUCGGCCAUUCUGAGAUAAUAGCAGUAGAUGGAGGCAACUCCUCCCCUUCUUAUGAUACCUUGCUGCAGAUGGAGGCUGAUCGUCUACUAAUUAAAGAAUGCAGCAUCCUCCACAAGAUGAUCCCCACUUCCCACAGUGGCGGGUCAGGAAAGUGUCAGUCUCCUCGCAUCUCUCUCUCUCGAUGUUCUUUGCCUGAGUUUAUCCUGGAUUUUGGUUUUGUAAUCCUUGGCACUGUGAAGAUACAUAUCGUAAAGGUCGCAAACACCAGUUCUUUGCCAGUAUCUUUUCACACUGAGCAGCAUGCUCUGAGGAAUACUGGUUUCUGCACUGAACUGCACAGGGUGAAGAAUCUUCCCUGCUGUGAAAGUGAGACUUUUGAAGUACGAUUUGAUCCCCUUAGUGCAAGCCUCACUAUUGGCUUUACAAAAGCUUUGCUAUCAAUACAGGUUGUAGGUGGACCCGCAGUGAAUGUCAUCCUGCAAGCUACUGUGACAGAGCCAGCCUUGACUGUCUCAAGUGACAAUAUGGACUUUGGCACUGUGCAGUGUGGACAUUGUCAAGUUAUAACUAUCCAGCUCUACAACCAUCUAGAAGUUCCCUGUGAAUGGUCCUUCGUUGAUAGCAGCCUUGUAAUGCAAAAGCUUGAUAGGUACGUUCCCCUGCACCUGCGAUCCCAACUAUUGAAAGAGUUGAAGCAGCCAGUCCAGGUGUUUCUUAUGCUGCCGUUAUGUGGUGUGGUCAAAGCUGGAGAGAGAGUUAAUGUGCAAGUGACGUUCACCCCUGCAGAGGAGAAACUUUAUAACCAUCGGCUGGUGUUGAACUUGGCACAAAGCAGUAACCAGGUGCUGAUCAUGGGCAGAGGUCAAGGGCAGGAGCCUUGCUUAGACUUUUCUUCCACUUUGUUGGAACUGGGUCCAGUUUUACCAUUCAGCACAGAAACGGAGGGAACGGUAGUUGUGAAGAAUCCUUGCAGCUUCCCGGUUGAAUUCUACUCUUUAGAAUUUGAUGAGAAAUACCUGGAAGAAGAAAAGAUUCUGCGGAAGAUGAAAGGUUACAGUUCACUGAAUACACUGUUACUGCCACCUAGACAACCAGGCGAGAGGUUGCCGAUAGAGUUACUUGAUUACUAUAAAGAGCAGAUUCUAAUCGAAGAACAGGAACAAGCAAAGAGAAAAUUACAGGAGGCUAUUGAAGCGGAAAAUGUAGAAGGUGAAAGGGAAGAUAAGUCGCCUGAGCAAGCUGAAAGGUUGGAAAUCUACAGACAAUCAAGUGAAAGUGAAACAUCUUCAAAGGUAACAGUUGUCUCAGCUGUAGAGGACAAAAAGGAGAUUGAAAUUGAAGCAACUGAGAAAGCACCGAAGGCCAAAGGAGAGAAAACAGAAUCCACUUUCAAUAUUGGUGUUGGAGAACUAGAAGUCACUCCCGUAUCUAAGGCCAUUGGCAGAUACCUCGGACUUGACUUGUCCCCGGAGGCAUGUGCUGCCCGGAACCGCAAAGGCAUUGCCUUUAUUGUACAUGGAACUCCUUCUUCAGGAAAAACAAACGCUGCCAUCUUCCUUGCAAACCACUAUCAAGCUGCCUAUUUAACCAUAGAUUCCAUUAUAAAUGAAGCUCUUACAAGUGGCACCUCACCUGUGUGUUUGCGGGCUCAGGAGAUGCAUGCCAAGGCUACUCUCGACCAAAUCCAGAAAGAGAAUGAGGAUGCAGCACAACUAGAAGGAACCAUGCAACAUUCAUUUCAAGUGCCUGGAGGCCUAAACGUUGAUGGACCAAGCAAGCCACCUGAAAUCAGCCCAAUCUCCGAAUCCAAAAUUAUUCAUGCUUCGGUCAUUGCCCAACCAAAGGGCAGCCAAGUUAUAUCAAGGACAAGUCACAUUAUCCAGAAACCGCAUGUUGACAUGCUGGCAUCACAGGUUUCCACAGUCGUUCAAGUGGUACAACAACAACCUGUGAGUAUCUCCACAAGCCAAAUGGGAGAGACAAAUCCAGCAGGUUUUCAAUUGCCAGAUGAAAUGUUGGUGGAGAUUCUAACAGAGCGGCUGCAGCUGAUCGAUUGUUGCCGAGGGGUUGUAUUUGAUGGACUGGAGAAUCCGUACAAUAGCAAUGAAGCCAUUACACUCCUAACUGUCUUAAAAGCAAUUAACAAUAGACGUCAUAUCUAUUUUGUCAACCUCAGUCAGGAAUAUGCAGUAAUGAAAGCCAUAGAGAAAGCCAAGCAUGAAGAGAUAGAAACAUUGGCAAAGGAGAAAGCAGAGAAGGAGAAGGCUUACCUGAAAGAGCUGGAUGAAGAGGAAUAUGAGGCCUUGACAGAGCAAGAGAAGGAUGAGUUUGACCUUAAACGUAUCAGUUUAUUCCGGGAACGCAGAGAGAGAGUUCUGAAUGAGAUUCAUGAACGACAGCUACGGGAGCAGAAAAUGAGGGAAGAAAUGGAAAGGCUGCGGGAGGAAGAAGAACUGAAGAAAAAGUCCAGAAAAGGAAGAAAAGAUACGAUUGUUAAGGACGAAACAAAGAAAUUGCAAAUGACUGCAAAGAUGAGCACUAAUGUUUCAAUGAUGAAGAACGAGCUUCCUGAAGCCAAAGUUCCCACUGCAGAUCAUAAUGAAUCCACCCCAGUAGAGCGUGGUGAAGCAGAAGAAGGAAUCAAAAAGCGAAAAAGCAGGGAUGCUAAAAUGAGUCACGCAUUCUUGGAAAAGUACAAUUCACUCCUGGAGGAUGAAGUGCCCAAAAGUCCAGAGAAACAACUUUUCCUCAGAUUUCAUAGAUAUGAGCGUAAUCAGAAAAGAAUCUCCCAAAUUCUGGAAUACUGGGACAGAGCACAAGGAAUUGUUGCUCUCCCACAAUCUGAAGAUGGCCAAAGUGCGAGUGAGGAUCAAUCUGUAGAAAGGCCGGUCCCCUCAAGCAAAAAGGGGAAAAAAGAUCGACACGAGAAGCAGGAGAAAGAGAAGGAAAGAGCUGAGAAGGAAAGAGCUGAUAAAGAUCGUCUGGAGAAGGAAAAGGUUGAGAAAGAGAGGCUGGAAAGGCUUCGAGAGGAGAAAACUUACAGUUCGCCCCAGUCUGAUAUAGUAGCAGAUGGAGAAGGUGUGGAAAGUACAGAGAAAGAAGAAAUCAUCGGAGUGCCUCAGGUCAAGUUGCCUGUGGAUGAUUCAGAGGAAAGCAUUAAAAAGAUUGUUCUGUCCAGUGGCAAAAUACCAUCAGUAGAAGAGAUACUAGAUAGCCUGGGCAUGGGUCCAAGUGGCCCCCCUAUUCCACCACCUGCCUUGUUUUCAGUGGUGAAAUAUCCAGUGGAGCGAAGUCCCAUAUCUGGGAAGGAUGUGCUGAGUCACUUCUCACUCGCACCUAAUGCAGAAGAAGGAAAAUUGUUAUUUGAAGAUAAGAAAGAGCCUGAACCAGAGCCUGAAUUGCUGGCCCCAGUUGCUAAGGAGGAGGCACCUGUUCAGCAUAAAGGAAAAUAUAAGAAAGACAAAUCAGAAACGGACCGCGACAAACGUCGCUCAGGUGGGCACAGAAAGGCCCGACGUGAUUCCCGCACUUCUUUUUUCCUGGGUGCCCCGUCACCUCAAUCCGACAUCGACCACAGCAGCACUACUGAUGAACCAACCAAAGAAGAUAGCACAGUGGUCAGAGUACUUCCUUAUCGCUGGAUUGUGCAACCUGGCGAGGAGGUUACUUUACAAGUCCGUUUUAGUUCAGUAGUUAUUGGGACAUAUGAUCAAACUCUGAACUUUGAGGUCAUGGGAACGCGAAGAUGCUACAAGUUGUACUGCAGAGGGAUUUGUACCUUCCCAACUAUAAACCAGGAUCCCAGAGUUGUCUUCCGACAUCGGAUAAAGAAUGAUAAGCUUGAAGAAAUACCUCGGAAGAAGUACAUUAUGAGCAAAGAAAUGUUUCAGUUUGGACCAUUGCUCUGUGGCAUCACUAGGGAAAGGUACAAGGAGGGCAAAUAUGCGGAAAACAGGGAGAUUAUCAAAAUAAUGAAUACCUCAUCAAUGGAAGCUGAGGUUUCCUUCUGUUAUCAGCAUGAUGUGAAAGCUGCCACCUAUCUUGUGGAUCCACCACAUGUGACGCUUGGAGCUUAUGAAGCACAGGAGGUCACGAUCUGGGCCUAUCCAACCAGCUCUGGGAAAUUUGAUGACCACCUUGUCUGUUGCAUACGCGAAAAUCCUGAACCAGUACUCUUUAAGAUAUCCUGUUAUGGAGUACGUGCGGAGUUGGAGCUUGACCGCAAACAGCUACACUUUGACAAAAUGAUUCUUCACAGGAAGGACACCAAGAGCCUGGUGAUGCGGAACACUUGUCUUCUGGCAGUAGCGUGGAGAAUCACUGGCCUGGAGAAUCUGGGUGAUGACUUCACUCUCUCUCAGGACCAGGGAAUCAUUGAACCCAAAGCUGAAUUUAGUGUGCACGUGCACUUCAGAGCUACAAGACAAAUCAACCUGAGAAAGUACAUUCGGCUUGAGGUCUAUGAUGCAGAUAACAUUCUCGGCAUUGUUCAAACGGAAAACAUACUGGUCCUUGCAGAAGCUUAUGAUGUGGCUCUGGACAUCAGUUUCCCUAAAGGUGCAGAUGGCGGGAUUGAUUUUGGUAUCAUUAAAGUUAUCGAUACCGUGAAACAGACUAUCACGUUGAAGAACAAAGGAAAAUAUGAGAUUGCAUACAGAUUUCAACUCCAAUCCACAAAACGCGACAUGCCAGAUGUGAAUUCUCUAUUCAACAUUCAGCCGAAUAAAGGGUCUCUGGCUCCGAAUGAUCGUGCCAGUCAUAUCUACAUAAUUUUCCGCAGCAGCAUAAGCACACACAUCAAGGAUGAGCCUAUUCUACGCUGCCAGGUGAUUGAACCCACCAUGGCUGAAGGAGGAGAGGUCAUUGCCAGCAUUCCAGUGAAAAUCUCCGUCCGUGCUGUCUUCAGUACAUAUCGGAUGCUGCCUGCCAGGGAGCUCAACUUUGGCACUGUGCUGGUUGGUGCCCGAAGGAACCGCACCUUCACUCUUGAAAACACGGGCGAAUUUGAGUUCAAGUACUUCAUUUUUAAAAUGCCCAUCAUGGCGUCACACCAGGGAAAGAAGAGUGUCACUAGCUCCAAACUUGCAAAGUCUCAGGACAGAUCGAGCUCCAUGAGAUCCAAUGGAGCUCCUAAGCAGAAAGAGCAAACGCCUCAGGCACGUUUGACUAUUGGAAUAUUCACAAUUUUCCCUGGUUACGGAAUGGUGCCUCCUGGAGGACAAUUGGUCAUCACAGUGGAAAGCUCUGGAGACCAGAUCGGGAGGCAUGAAGAGGUCUUGAACAUUGAUGUUAUUGACCGGGACCCGAAAGACAAUCCAACUGGUAUCCCAUACUGGAUGAUCAUCGAAUGUUGCGCACCAAAUAUUGUGGUGGAUGACAUUCCUUCCAUCUUUGAGGAACAUUUCAUUUGCCAAAACAUCAAUCUUCACCAAUGCUUGCAGACCGUGGAGACCAGUGGAAUCUACAUAGAGGAUGAAAAGAAAUUUCUCUUCCAUAACGUUUAUGUUGGAGAUCAGGCUGAAGCCCGUUUCAGGAUCAUCAACGUAGGCAAAGUCAACGCGGAUGUAGUGGUGUCCGUCAAGCCAAUAUCUAACAAGAUAGCAGCUCGGAUUGUUGAUAUUUUUGAAGUGGAGCCUACCCGACUGAACGUCCCCAGUUAUGGUCAUAAAUUUGUAGUGGUCAGGUUCACUCCUCCAACAAUGCAGACUUAUCAGUGUCUAUUUGAAGCUAUUGUGGAAGCAACAUCUGGUUUACCGAAGAGCAAAUCGCUGGCGUUUGAUAUUGUUGGGGAUGGCAACCUGCCAAGGAUUAAUAUCCUUCGGCCUCUUCUGCGUAAUACGAUGGGACAUCCUUUGCUUAUAUACUCACGUUUACUGUUGGGUCAAACAGAGAAGCUACCUAUUGUCCUGAAAAAUGAUGGUACCUUACCUGCACAGGUAUCGAUCAAUCUUUCUGAUGAGCAUGGAGUAUUUUCUCUCAAGCAAUGUAUUGGUACUGUAUGUCUCUAUCCUAAAGACCAUUACAUCAAAGAAAAGGACCCAAGCAGAGUAAGGGAAAGUUGCAUGCUCACAAUUAACCUCAACAGUGGCGAAGAGGUAACAUUUGACGUUGCAUUCCAACCAACCAUGAUUCAACGUUUAGAAGGAACAGUCUUCCUUACCAUAUUCAAUAACCAAUAUGAGGACACCAUUAUAAAUUUGGUUGGUGAGGGGUACCAGGAUGACAUUACUCUUGACAAUAUCCAUGGACUAUUGCGAAAUGGUGGAGAAGAAAACAUUGCAACAUUUCUGGAAGAUAAAGAAAUCGAAGCACAACACUUGAACCACAUUCAUUUUGGAGACUGCUACAUUGGCAAGCCCUAUCAGGUGACCUUCAUGAUGACCAAUCGAAGUGUAAUAGAUGUCAUCCGAUUUCAGUGGCUGUCAGAUAACAAUGAAGUCAAGUUCUCCCCACAGUUUGGCCAUCUGCAUGCUGGAUGUGCAAAGGAUAUAACUGUGACAUUAAAGUCUGACCUACCGAUCAUAUACAACAGUAAGGUAGUAAAAUGCACAGUGUCGAAGAUCACUUUCCCAGUGCCUGCUGACCAGGUUCCAGAUUGGGAUAAUCGCCUGAGUGUAGUUAAGUGGAUUGAUGCUAAAAAAGGUUCUCGACCUGCCAAGAAGAAGGUGGUGGAGACUGAUCCAGAGCCUGCCCAUAGUAUUUUGGAAGAUGGCACUCGGGAGCUGACACUGAAGAUCAGUGCCAUGGUGAAUUACAGUGACUUUGAAUGCCUAUGUGAAAGUAUCAAUUUCAAGGAUACGCUGUUGUACCAGACUCGAAUCUAUUCAAUCGUGGUGACUAACAAAGGUCCCGGGGCGCUGGAUUACACCUGGAAGGUGGUGAUGAACGGAGGUGGUAGAGGUGACCGCACUGAAACAAUUUCAUCAGUGCCUGACGUAGAAGCAUUGAUUGAGGAUAUAACUGCUUCAAACAGGUCAAUUGCCAUCUAUUCAUUGAACAAAGCUAUUCAGACCAGCAGCGGGUCCAGCAGUUCCACUGAAAGCAGUUUUCCUCAUCUAAGUGUUGAUACCAACAACCCGCCUUUCAUCGUGGAGCCGUACACUGGAAUGAUUGCUGCAAUGGAUGCACUGGAAUUCCAAGUCAAGUUUGCCCCGAAAGAUGUUGGUGAUUUUGAAGCCAUGCUCAUCUGCAGCAUGCCAAAUUUAAAGGUGGGUUUGCAAGGUCCAAAGAUACCCGUGACAGGCCGCAGCCUCCUGCCAUAUUGCCAUUUUGAGAUGGAAGACUCCAAUUAUAUCAGCAGCCAUAGGCGCAACCCUGAACUAAGUGGCCCAUUGGGUACUCACGCGGGGGCCACUCUCGACCUCAAUACACGUGUCAUCGAGUUUCAAGCUGUGGGACUGAACACAGUCAAUAAGAGAUCCUUCUUUAUAAUGAAUCCAACAAACAAAGACUACUCCUUUCAGUGGACAUAUGAGACUGCACCAGAUUUACGAAGGGAACCAGCUUUCAGCUUACUGGCAGAAAAAGGAUAUAUCACAGCAGGGAGGAAGACUGAGGUCACAUUUGAGUUCGUGCCUCAGCAACUGGGCAUUACUGAAUCAUUCUGGAACUUCAAAGUUCCACAGUUCAAAAUAUCUGUGCCCUUCUUGUUGUGUGGAAAAACCACUGAGCCAGCAGUCUCACUUGACCGCCCCAAUAUCAACUAUAAGUAUGUAUUAUUAGGCAACAAAGCGCACGAGACUGCCUACAUGGUCAACAAUGAAGCAACUCCCUUUAGUUUCAUUUUCAGAGAGAACACUGUGCACUCCAAGGGAUACAGCUGCCUUCUUAUUAUUGAGCCAAUGCAGGGAGUUGUUCCCUGUCACAGCAGAACACCUAUUGUUUUUUCCUGCACUCCAACUAUCAAGGGAGAUGUGAGCUUCAAUGUCAUAUGUGAUGUCAAGACAAAGGUCGCCCCCUUGACAUUAAAUGUUAAGAUGCAUGUUUACCGCAUGAAUAUUACAGUCAAGUGUGAAGCCAGUGAUGGUAUUGUGACUGAACUCAGUCAACAGAACAUCAAUGAAAUCUCCUUCGGAGAGGUGGAACUGAAUGACCAGAUUUCCUAUUAUUUUGUCAUUGAAAAUAAUGGGACAUUUAACUUUGACAUUGAAUGGGAGCUUACUGGUCCUCCGAGAUCUUUGAGCUGUCUGAAACUAACAUGCAAGGAGAACAGAAUUGAAGCAGGAAACAAUGCCUCAGCAAAGAUCGAGUUCCACCCUGAUCACAAGUUGGUGCUAAAGGAUGUGAAACUAACACUGAAGAUACAUAAAGGACCUGUUUUUGUCUGUGCCCUGACUGGGUAUACAGUAAUUCCAAGCAUUCACUUGUCCUUUACAACCUAUGAUUUUGGGCCAUGUUUCAUCUAUAAUGCUGGCAUGACACCUAGCAAAAAGGCCCUGAUCAUCACCAAUAAACAGGACCAACAAGUCAGCCUGGAAUGCUUGUUCCCGAAGAAUUCCUACCUGGAUGUAAACUUCCAGACCUGCACCCUGGCACCAAAGAAAAACGUGGAAGCUGUUAUUGCCUUCUACCCGAGGGAAGCAAUCAAAUAUCAGGAAGAGAUCACCUUUGUGAUAAAUGGACUUAUCUACCAGAGUGUUAAGAUUCUUGGCCAAGGAACGGAGAUGAAGGUUGAAGUUGUCAAUCCCAAGAACAAGGUUGUUUACUUCCCAGCUCUUAAGGUCGGACAGACUGCGAGGAAAGUGGUGCCGAUAGUCAACAGGAGUCUGGCGCCUGUGAAUUUUGUUCUUGCUAUGACUCCGCACCAACAACUUCUUCAAAACACUGAGGUUCUGAGUCUGUCCCCAAACAGUAAGAUCACUCUGAAAGCUCACAGCGACCCUUGCAAUGUCGUUGUCACCUUCUCCCCAAAUUCCCGGAUCCCCGAGUUUGCGGAAGAAAUAAUGAUGGAGUGCACGGGUGUUUCCAAGGCUCUUUUUGUGAUUCGGGGAUGCUGCCAGGGGACUGAGAUCGUGCUGGACCAGGACUACAUUUCAUUUGGGGCUGUGAUCUUCCGUAGCAAAGCUACUAGGCUGGUCAUGAUGAAGAAUGCUGGAGAUAUCGGCACAAGCUUUAGGUGGGAAAUUAAGAAAUUUAAGCCUCAUUUUUCGAUUGCCCCUGUGGAGGGGUAUCUCUCCCCGGGAAUGGAAGUUUCCUUGGAGGUGGUGUUCUAUCCCACCGCAGUGAACACAGACAUCCGUGUACAAAGUCUGAACUGCUUUAUUGAGGGAGCCAAGUCCCUCCAGAUCUCCCUGACUGGAUCAUGUAUCUCAGCUACAUCCAUGAAAGAGGUGGUCAGUUUUAGUUGCCAGGUUCGGACUAAACAGAGCCAUGCCAUUCAACUGACCAAUCGUACCAACCAGAUCUGGCACAUCUUGCCCAUAAUCGAAGGAGAAUAUUGGACGGGACCAAAGAAUAUAACUGUGCAUCCUCAUCAGCAGAACCUGCCAUACGAGGUCACAUUCAGGCCAUUAAUGAUGACCAUUGACGGCAAGAAACAUCAGGGUUCGGUCUUCUUCCCAUUGCCUGAUGGUGCAGGACUGCUCUACAUUUUACAAGGAGUUGCUGAGCCCCCAAAGGCUAUUGCAGUUAUUGCUCGUGAGGUGCCCUGCAAGACCUCGCACACAGUGACGUUUUCAGUCAGCAACUGGCUCCACAUCCUUCAACGGUUCCGAGCUGUUACAGACCUGAUCAAGCCAGAACGAAUUGAGAGCACCACCACACUGAAAGGUCUGGACUACAUUGAUGUUCCUGGAUCUUCAAAGCGGGAUUACAGACUCACCUUCUUCAGUUACAAAGAAGUAAACAUCUCUGUAAAGGUGACCUUCCGCAAUGAGUCCACGCUUGAAUAUCUGUUCUACAUUCUAAACAUUAAAUCGACCCCUCCAGGAAUAAUCAGCACCAUUGAGUUGAUUACACCGGUUCGUCAGAGCACCACAGGCACAGUGGAGGUUGAGAACCCACUCACUGUCCCAACUGUAUUCAUCACUGAGUGUCGAGUUUCAGAUAUCAGUCUCCCGACACAGCUGAUAGUCCCACCGCAGGCUAAGGGUAUCCUGACCUUUGAAUAUCAGCCCCUGAGAGUGGGUGAGAGCAGCAGCCGCCUCACCCUGAACAACAAUGAUCUGGGCAUCUUCCAGUACGACCUGCUCCUGAAAGCCAUGCCUGCUGGACACGAGAGGCCACUUUACUUCCGCACCACCUUCGGGAGCAGCCAGGUCCUCUGCGCCAAAUUUAUCAACUUCUCUCGUCAAAAGGUCGAGUACCAUUGCAAGAUUGAAAGUUCCGAGUUCCUUGUGGACAAGGGUACCUCUGUCCCCCCAGCCUCCCCUGGUGGUACGGAGGUGAGUGUGGAGGUGACCUAUGAGCCUCUCCAGCUGGGCAAGUCCAGAGCCAUUCUCCACGUCGUCUCAACCAUCGGAGGCAAAUACAGCAUCCCUCUGUAUGGCCUGUGCCUGCCUGCCAAACCUCAGGGGCCCUUCUCCAUCCGCGCUGGAUCCACCACUUCCAUCCCAUUUAAGAACAUAUUCCCGCAGGUGAUGACCUAUUCCUUCCAGACGGAUAAUCCAGUGUUUAUCUGCAAACAGAUGGAAACUUUCCGACCAAAGAAAAGCCAAGCAUUGAUCAUCGGCUUCGAAGCUACUGCCAGCACCCCAAAAUCACCCAUCAUCGGCAAGCUGGUAGUAUCAAGUCUGCAGUCGGAGGGAGCCCUAACAGCCAUAUCUUGGAUCUAUUAUCUGAAGGGGGUUACUCCAGAUAAGUGAGAGGAGGUACAGCCUCGCAAAAUAAUCUUCUAUUUAAAGUAUAAAUUCUCCAACAUUUUCAUUCACUUAAUGCUGUCACUAGUUUAUUCUUUACACCCUCCCCAUGUGGUUAACCAAACUGCUGAGCUGUUACAAUAUCAUCAAAGCAGCAAAGCUUGCAAUUAUCAGGGUCAUUUUACCAAAGAUUCACUGUCAACAUGGGGAGUAAAUUCCUGCUUAUCAUUCAGGCUACCUUUUUAACAAUCUUUAACAAUCCAGUCUGUUGCUAAACAGCUUUCACUAUAUCAUCAAAUUAUCAUUAUAUUUCAUUAAUAUGCAUUCAUUAAUAUCCAUUCAUUAAUAUUCAUUAAUUAAAACAAUGAAACACAAUACUUUAUAUUUUUAUAAUUCAAUUCAGUUCUAGCAUUAAAAGGUUUAUUAAUGAUUGCCUCUGUGUGUCUACCAUCUGAAUAUUCUUCUACAAAUCCAGCAAGUAAUUUACCACCAUCUUCUUCGUUCUGGUUGGAGUUUUGGGCUGAGGCUCCUUAUGAUUUGACUCCUUCACUCUAAACAUUAGAUCAUCGGAUUUGCUUAAUAUCUUGCAUUAGAUUAUUUUGUAAUCUCUCCGAGUGAUUUGAUGAUUAUGCAUUAAAAAUGGUUGUUUAUCUACCUAUUAUAACUUUUGCAGUUCAUAAUACACCAUCACUUUAAAUGUCAGCACUGAGGGGUUUAUACAUAAACUGGCAUUGAAGUACACACCCUCUGUUUCAGGUUAUUGUCUUCCUAAAUCAGUCGCCCUGCUUCAUUC